AUGGCGCAAGUUCUGCGCAGGGAGACCGGCUUCCCAGGGACAGCCAAUCCCACCUCCCCUACUUCCCUCCAUGGGAAGGGCCAGGAUUUGAAUUAUUCCGUGGAAACCCCGUAUGGCUACCGCCUGGACCUGGACUUCCUCAAAUACGUGGACGACAUUGAGAAAGGCAACACCAUUAAGCGCGUUCCAGUCCACCGCCGACCACGUUACAGCUCAUUGCCACGGGGUUAUGGCUAUGCUGGCUCAUGGUGGACAUCCACGGAGUCGCUCUGCUCCAACGCCAGCGUGGACAGUCAGCACUCCUCCUAUUCCUAUUGUGGACGCAGCUUCUACCCGCAGUAUGGCCAUGCGAUGUCAAGCAACUUCAACGCCCGUGUGGAGAAGACCUUGUUGGAUGCCAGAAAGAAAUUAGAAGACCAAGCCGGCUCAGGAGAGGAGGACCGGCUCAGGGCAAGUGGUCUCCGAGGCCUCAGCAACAGCAUGUCCGGAUCCACCAGCUCCUUGGUGGGGAGCCAGAGCCUGUCCCGUCAGGCUUCUUACAACGGCUCACAGCAAGGUGCUCCUGGACAGUUCACCCCCGUCGGUUCUGGGUUGUCCACCCCUGUCUCACCAACCCCAGGACACCUCCAGCAUGUCCGGGAGCAGAUGGCGGUGGCCCUGAAGAAGUUGCGUCUGUUGGAAGAGCAGGUGAAGAUGGUGCCGGUCCUUCAGGUGAAAAUCUCAGUGCUGCAGGAGGAGAAGCGGCAGCUCAGCGUCCAGCUCAAGAGCCAGAAGUUCUUGGGCCACCUAGGGGGGCUGGGCAAGGGCAAGUCCAGGGGUGGGGAGCUCUACAUAGACAUCCCGGAGGAAGGGGCAGGGGAAAAAACAGAGGAGGGUAGUGGGAGGCCUGGCCCGAGGAGCAGUGCUGGGAAGAAGGAGGUGAGAUCCGUGGCGGUGGGGAUGUCAGCUGAAGAUGCGGAGGGGGGUAAGUGUGACGUAGGGGUGGCGGUCAGCGAGGAGGAGCUGGGCUUGCCUUCCCCAGAGCAGGAGCAGCAGAGCCCAGCCGUGCAGGCCUUGUCAGCCAAGAUCGUGGUACUAGAGGCGCAGCUUCAGAGGGCCCUCCAAGAGCUUCAGGCUUCCCACCAGAACGUGGAACAUCAGAGCAAGGAGAAGCAGGACAAAUGGACAUCCACAGGGGAUGGGAACGGCCUGACAGUAUGGGGGGUGGGGAAGGCAGGUCCCGAGCAGCAGGUCACCGUUGUUAAGAACACCGUUGAGGUUGUCCAAGUGGAGAGGGAGCCAGAGAUUGCCACCAGCACUGCCGUGGGGUUCGACCACAAGCCACAGAAGGCACAAAGCCUGGAGACUAAGGAGUCUGGUACCAGCUUCAGAUGCUUGGCAGGCAAAGAUCUGGGGGCCAAGGAAGCCAAGAUGCCACUCUGUCCCACAUAUCACAGCGAUGAGGUGAUGGAGACCACGUUCCCCGUCCAUGCUGGCCCUGCGACCACGACGACCACGUUCCAUUCUGUGAGAAAGAUCAGCAUCGUCAGCACAGAGGCGGACAGGAUGAGAAAGCAAGAAACAGAGACCACUGCCCCUUUGGCUCCAGACCCCCUCCACCUGGAGCAAGCGGCUCUCCAUCUCCCCCAGUGCUCAGGCGCACCAAGUGAGCAAGAGGACCUAGCUUCCUUCACAGCAGGGAUCCGGUUGGUCACUGAGGAGGAGACGCAGCCCACAGACCUCCCUGGCAGCCAAAAGAUCUUGCAAUCUGUGGGAGUCAAUGGCGGGUACGAUUCCUCCUCCUCUGAAGACUCCAGCACAGCGGAGAACGUCUCGGACAACGAGAGCACGGAGAGCGAAUACCAUGAGGCGAGCGACGGGCUCCACACCGUGUUGGCCUCUGUGGCUGAGCCCUCGACGUCGCCUCCGGCAGCUGCGGAGACGUCUCACCCAGGAGCCCCCACUGAAGGGGGUGGAAGACGAGUGGCAGAAAGCAAGGAGCGAGCGGGAGUUGCUGGGAAGGGACCGAGCAAGGAACUGCUCUCAGCCUGUCAAGCGCUGCAGAAAUACCUGGAGAGCCCUGAAGCGCCCAUGGAGGAAGCAACGAAACAGGCCUACGCGACGGUGCUGCACGCGUGGCUGAGGCUGUCCUGCCACCAAGAAGCCGAGCCAGAGUGGGUCUCUCUGCACUUGGCAGCUUUCCGGGCCUUUUCCCCCCGGCUGCUGGAGUUUGUAGUCAAUAUGGCGGAUGCCAACGGUAACACGGCUCUCCACUACACCGUCUCUCAUUCCAAUUUCCCUGUGGUCACAGAGCUGCUCAGAACAGGUGUGUGUCACGUGGACCAACAGAACAAAGCUGGCUACACGGCCAUCAUGCUCACGGCACUGGCUGCCACCCGCUCCGAGAACGACCUGGAGACCAUUAUGCAGCUGCUGGAAAGGGGCGACGUUAAUGCCAAAGCCAGCCAGGCUGGGCAGACGGCCUUGAUGCUGGCUGUCAGCCACGGGCGUCGGGACAUGGUGCGCGCCCUCCUGGCUAGUGGCGCAGACGUCAACGUGCAAGACGAUGAUGGCUCCACAGCACUGAUGUGCGCCUGUGAGCAUGGCCACGCUGAGAUCAUCCGCUUGCUGCUGGCCACCCCGGGCUGCGACGUCACCCUUGCGGACCACGAUGGCAGCACAGCCCUCUCUAUUGCCCUGGAAGCAGGACAGAACAACAUCGCCGUCAUGCUUCAUGCGCAUCUGAACAGCGCCAAAUCCGCGUCUCUGGGGACUUCGAAACAAGAGAAGCCUGGAGAUGUUAUGGAGAUGGCACAUGGUGCUCAGUAG